AUGCCACAAAAAGCUAAGCCUAUGCCACAAAAAGCUAAGCCUAUGCCACAAAUAGCUAAGCCUAUGCCACAAAUAGCUAAGCCUAUGCCACAAAUACCUAUGCCAAAAAUAGCUAAGCCUAUGCCACAAAAAGCUAAGCCUAUGCCACAAAUAGCUAUGCCAUAA